UCGCGGUCGUAUCGUGGUGUCCUACGGAGUCUUCGGACGAUCGCAUCGAUUAAACGCACCGCACGAAACGGAAAUGUGUCUGUGUUGUGGGAACCGCGAGGGUUACGAUAUCGACGAUGCCAAUUUCGGCAAGUCGUACACCGAAAGCUUCACCACCAGCCAGACCGGUGAAGUGGGGCCUCCGAUCGUUAUAAUCAGUCAACCGACGAACGGUGAUGCCGCAACCAUUCCGGCAAAUGCACCCGACCAAUAGCCACGAUGAGGACACGAUUGCACAAAGUGCACUUAAGCCGCUGGAGCCGCUGCGCAGCAGUGGCAUUUUGCAUUCUUUCCACUCAUCGCACCAUGAUCGCCAUCCGUAGCGGCAACGUGCGGGCUGUAAUGUAAUUUUUGUUUAACAAAACUCGAUUAGUUUACGUGUUAAUACUGUAGACCACGGUACAACCACUUCGAAUAAAGCAAUCUAGAAAGCGUAAGCGAAUAAUAAAGCGUAAGCGUAGUACAGAAAAAUCGUUUCCCAAGAUAAUGUUGUAGUUGGAAAAUAUAAAUUAAUCUCACCAAAUAGAUGAAUUUUAAUUUAGCUUCUGCAUCAACUUCAUCUAAUGUAGCAAUGUGCAGCAAAUUUUCAAAAGUUUCCAAAUGACUACCAUCGAAAGUUCAAUCUGUAUAUUGUAAUACAACCAAUCAAUCAGCGCUUUCAAUCACGAUGCAUAGUUCCUUUCGUUAGCCAUAUUGGCCAACAGAGCACUCAUUUUUAUUCAAAUAAAAGUUCAUUUCAGUCCGUUCAAAAUAGAAUAAUCCAUCACAAAAAUAGAGAAUUAUGGCAUAUCUGAAAUCUCUAUAUCAUUGCCAAGGAAGACUUAGCUAGUCU